AUGGCACAUGAGCUUGACCCUGCAGACGAAAAUCCACUGCGCGUGGUCUUUUUGGCAGAUUUUCUUCCUGCUGAUCAAGCCAAGCUCAUCAAUCGAAUCCAGAAUUUAGUUGGGCCUCGUCGACUCGAAUCAUGGAAACCAGGGAGCCAAAUCAUACGCACGCCACUGAGAAAAGUUACGGACUAUCACUGGCAUGACUCUCCGGACACCAAAGCACAUAUCUACGAAGUGGCAACACGUCUCUACCGCGCAGGUCAUCCAAACCUGAAGUUCCUGGUUGCUGAUCAUUUGACUUGGCGUCAAUUGACAAAACAGUGUCGAACUGGUGAUCACCCUCGUCUGUCGGUAGUGCUGGUGGUGAUCAAGUCAUCACUUCAAGAGUCCAGUGGGAAACACUCUCUUGCCAAUGAAACUUCACGCUUUAAGGUCGCUGCUGAAAGGCACACACCAUCGAGACAUGCAAAAUCCCUCCUGGGUGGUAAUGAGGAAAUAUUCACCUCGACCGAUCUGCGCUUGACAGUUUGCGAAAAUUUUGAAAGAGAAAUCCAGUCGGCAUUACCAGGUUUCUCAGCAGAGGAAUUGACAUCCCACAUCGUUUCAUACCUUGACCACCGAAUGCCUUAUCAUGGUAGUUCUCUCCGUGGUCCUAAUGGGCACUUGACCUAA